UGCUGUACAAGAAGGGUGACCGGUCAAAUUGUAACAACUACAGGGAGAUUUCGCUACUAUCUCACGUAGGUAAGGUCCCCAUCAAGAAGAUCAUCACCACCAACCGUCUAAGCGCUUUCUGCGAAGCCAACAACACCCUCCCGGAGGAACAGUGCGGAUUUCGACCCGGGCGAUCCACUGUCGACAUGCUGUUCGUCGUGCGCCGCCUCCAGGAGCCGGGGCGGAGAAAGAAAAUACCGCUCUACAUGUGCUUCGUCGACGUGAACAAGGCGUAUGAUUCGGUGGACCGAGGGAUUCUAUGGAAGGUGCUGUGGCCAGGGCCGGGAUUCCCGCGAAGCUGAUCGAAAGUCUUCGGCCAAUUCUACGAUGGAAUGCGGACCCGGGUGCGCAUGGACGGCGGAGAACUAUCGGACUGGUUCUUCGUGACACAGGGCGUGCGACAACAAUGUGUGCUAUCCCGGUCGCCCCGGUGGUCUAGUUAGUGAGGUUAGGGUGGGUCCUACGUAAUUUUUGGAAAAGUCGAACAUCGAACAUUGAACAAGCGGAUAGUUCGAUGUUCGACUUUUUGGGUCCAUUGAAAUUUGCAAAAAAGCGUGAAAAAAAAUCCCACACACACACGUUUUUGCGUUCAACAGCCCGCGUUGUUGGACCACGCCCGGAAAACCCAAGGGCACUCGACUCUCGAAAAGAUACGAGUGUCGAGGAACAGGGACGGCGCCAGGAGGAGGAGCACAAGAAGCAGCCCCACCAGCAAAAACAGCACCGGGUGAUAGCAGCUAGCGCUCGAAGCCGCGGGGUGGAACCCCGGCAUCCCUUGCGGCCUGAUGCCCACAUGCAUUGCCGCGGGACCCUGCCGACUCACACCAACACUGCUGCAGCUGUUUGGCUGUCCAGCAAUGCUGUAUGGUUGCGACGGGAAGGAACCCCCGUGUGAUUAACCUCACACCUGGCCCCGUUUGUGCACGCGGGGCCCUGGGAUCCAGCGCAAACUCGUCGUCGCUCUGUGCAGACAUGGGUAUUGCUGUUGCUGUCCUGCAAACCUCUCUGUCGUUCUCCCUCUCCCCGAGAUUGUGUUUUUCGGUGGUGUGUGUUGGGUGCACGUGCGUGAUGCAUGCGUGCGGGUAUUCUUUUUUGUCGCCAAUUCGGUCCCAAUAGUCCACGGGACUGUAGGUUAGGUAUAGGUUUUCGAGUUUUUGUGGAAAGAUGUUAGAGUUUUAGGCGGAAUCGCCCCUGGAAGAUCCGGCGUACAAAAACUCGAAAACCCGAACAUCUCUUUGGGCUGUUGGACCUUCCUGGCCAAUCACAUGAUUAUACCGCUUGUUCGAUGUUCGAUGUUCGAGUCCAAAAAAAUUACGUCGGACCCACGGUACGAUGUUCGAGUCCAAAAAAAUUACGUAGGACCCACGGUUAGGGUGGGUCUUGCGUAAUUUUUGGAAAAGUCGAACAUCGAACAUCGAACGAGCGAAUAGUUCGAUGUUCGAUUUUCUGGGUCCAUUGAAAUUUCCAAAAAAGCGUGAAAAAAAAUCCCACACACACACGUUUUUGCUUUCAACAGCCCGCGGGGUUGUUGACCACGCCCGGAAAACCCAAGGGCACGCGACUCCCAAAAAGAUACGAGUGUCGAGGAACAGGGAUGGCGCCAGGAGGAGGAGCACCAGAAGCAGCCCCACCAGCAAAAACAGCACCGGGUGAUAGUAGCUAGCGCUCGAAGCCGCGGGGUGGAACCCCGGCAUCCUUUGCGGCCUGAUGCCCACAUGCAUUGCUUCGGGACCCUGCCGACUCACACCAACACUGCUGCUGCUGUUUGGCUGUCCAGCAAUGAUAAUGCUGUGUGGUUGUGACGGGAAGGAACCCCCGUGUGAUUAACCUCACACCUGGCCCCGCUAUUGUGCACGCGGGGCCCUGGGAUCCAGCGCAAACUCGUCGUCGCUCUCUGUGCAGACAUGGGUAUUGCUGUUGCUGUCCUGCAGACCUCUCUGUCGUUCUCCCUCUUCCCAGGAUUGUGUUUUUUGGUGUUGUUGUUGUUGUUGUUGUUUAUUAAACUCGUGUCAGUUGCUAAUCCCAAAAUCUAGCGAAGACUCGGUCCGUGGUCACAAAAAUGCUAGAGCCAUCAGAAGAUCUAAAGAACACACACACUAUUAGCAAGAAAAGGGUACACAAGCCCGAGGAGGUAUACCUACAAUCAAUCCCUGCAGCACGUUUGCGUGCUGACAACUGAACUACACGCCUA